AUAAACCACGUUCCCUUACUAGGCAAGAUGGCAAAUCUGAAGCAGUUGGACGAUGGGGUGCAGGUUACAGAGGCAACUUCUGCGUCAGCUGUCCUACCUUCAGGAGCGGGCGAAGCCACAUGUAAAGACGCCACAGACACUGCCGCGGCGCCCUGUCUGAUACCAGGCUUCGCACAGGCUUGUACACUUAUCGCAGCCCCGUACUCAUGUCUGGUUAUGGAGACGCACCGUAGGCACGUUGCCUUGCCACCAAUGUACCUAAACAAGAAAAAGACAGGGAUUCAGGAGGAGCUAAAUGCUGAACUUUUGAAGUAUUCUAUGAGUUUAAAAGGUGUCCCACUGGCGUACGACGGCAUAAAGGUUUUGGGACGACACGGAGACAUAUUCGACGACCAGGGCUACAUUCACCUAAACAUUGAGGCUUCGUUUGUGGUCUUCAAACCCAGGAAUGGAGAGAAACUAUUGGGCGUGAUCAACAAAAUCAGCGUGGGCCACGUGGGCUGCCUGGUGCACGGCUGCUUCAACGCCUGCGUGCUGAAGCCGGCGCAGCUGAGUACCGAGCAGUGGAGGGCCUCGGGGCUGAGGGUGGGUGGCAGCCUGACCUUCGAAGUCUUCCAGUUGGACGCGGAUGUGGCCGGUGUCCUCCUGAUCAGGGGACGACUGGAGAGAUCCAGGGUGGAGGAGCUAGUUGCUGCCUUCAGCACUGCCAGAUCUCUGGAGGAAGCCACGGAGCCGGACUCGUCCGCCGUCCAUGGAAGCACAGAGGACGUCGCCGUUCCGAAGCCUAAAAAGAAAAAGAAGAAAAAAGACAAAUGGACGAGUGUGGAGGACGAGAGCAGAGAGCGUGCAGGCAGCGAGGUGACCCUCGACGUCAACGGGAACACAGCGGAGGAAGUCGAUGGUAACGGAACGGAGAUGCACUCCAGUCCUGACAGCCAGCUUAAGGAGGAGAAGAAGAAGAAGAAGAAGAAAAAGAAGGAUAAAUGGCAGGAGUCUUCCGAGGAGCUGCCGCCACCUGCUGACCUCCCAGGGAGUGACUCAAGUGGCUAUGUCAGCGAUAAGAGCAGCCGGAAGAGGAAGGUGCAGGAUGACUCCAACGAGCCUGUGGCCAAGAAGAAGAAAAAUAAGUGAUAUUUUCCCUGCUUCCAUGUUACUGUGUUUGAGGAAUUCCCAGGUUUUAUUUGAAAGUGCCUUAAUAAACCAAGAUGUGUUGGAUUACACGGAUACGAGGACGGAAUCGAGGAUAUGUAACGGGACGUGAUUUUGUCGUUUCACCAAUAGGGGGCAGUAUGUUUUCAAAUGUCCAUUUAGCAUGAGAAGACUUGGAGAUUUUUCACAAUAAUGAGUAAAGUGCCCUGCUUAAGAACUGAUGUGAAGUUACCAUAAUGUGUUUAUUUCUGCACCUGUUAUUGCAAAGUUAACUUUGAAUAAGGUGUUUACUGAAUAAUUUUAAUAAACAACAUGGGGUAAAAAAAAAAAUUGA